AUGGAGAGUCACGGGAAAACCACAAACUCCGACGAGCAGCCGCCGGAGUUCGAGUUCGGAUCGUUGACUCCUUCUUCUCCAUCACAAGACUCGUUCACGGAGAAUUCUCCCGCCGAUCACCUCUUCUUCAACGGCCGUCUCUUGCCACACGCUUUCCCGGCGGCGAACAAUACUUUAAAGCGGUCAGUCUCGCGUACUACAAGCGAAUUCACCUCCCGGAGCAAUAGUACGAACAGCCGGAGUAGUUUUGGUAGUAGUAAUAGCAGCUCAACUUCUUACUCUCCGAGAACCAGCAGUUGUAACGGUAACAACAGUCUCAUUAACCACAAGCCGGUCGAUUUGAAACCUCCGACUAGAAGAAGUGGCGAAAACGUAAAUACGGCGAGGAGGAAAGCGACGGAGGAGGUGAGAGCGUCUCUAUACAGGUCGUAUUCAUCACAGCGGUGGCAAUACAUAACUCCGGCGCCGGUGAAAAUGAACGGAGGGAUAAGGGUCGGUGGCCGGAAGAAGAAGACGGCGAUGAUGAGGAAGAAGGCCGAGGAGAGAAGAGGGAGCAGGGUGAUGAAGUGGUGGAGAAGAAUUUUGAUGGCGGCGAUUUUUGCUUGUAGAAAGUGUCAUGCAUUGGAGGGAGCUUGA